AUGGCAGGAGUCGGAGCCACGGAGCAGGCAGCUGAGUAUGUCCUAGAGAAGGUGAAGAAAGCCAAAAAGAAAUUAGAAGAGAAUCCAUAUGACCUUGAUGCUUGGAGCAUUCUCAUUUGA